AUAUUUCUGUCAGCAGGUUCGAAGAAAAUAAGAAAACAUCAAACAAUUACAAAUUAUGGAAAUUCUCUUCCAACUGUAAUAAUUUCUGACUGAAGCAAAUUUUCUCUCUGAUUAGCAUUCUUUCAACGUUAUUAAAGGAAUGUAAAUGUUGUUUGUAAAUAUUUAAAUCUGACCCAAUUAAAUUAAAAUUUAAUAUUUAGUUCCUAUUUUAUGUCGGUUUUUGGUGGGAAGGAAACCAGUAAUUAAUUCGUGCCGUAAUUUGUAAUUAGCAGCAAAGUCGUAGUAAAAUUUGGAAAUGGAGACGCUAAAAUUCGAUGGUGACCUUUCUGUCAGCGAUGGUGGGCCCUGUUUCGUCUGCGGGUCGGGCGACCUGGCCUCGAGGGCGCAGCCGCGUCGUCGCUACGCCGAGCUGACAACGCUCUUCAAAACGCUCGUGAUGACGACCGACCUCCGCAAAAAACUCGGCGGCACAUCCAUCUACGCCGACUUUGCACGAAUGUCGAAUCCUGCGCCACAUGUUUGGCCACGAUCAAGGACGUUUGCGACCUACGACAGGAAAUUGUGACGCUGCAAACACAACUUGACGAGCUUUUGGACGGAGCGAGGACAAAAUUGGGUCAGAUUCCAGGGUCGCGAACUAGCGAGAGGAAUUCUUCUCCCCGGAAGAGAAAAAUGCUGAUGGAGGAGGAUGAAGUCGAGCUCCAAAUUAAAGAAGAGUUACAAGAUUGCGAAAUAAUUCCAGAUAUUUUCGAUUCCAUGGAAAUGGAGCCAUCUGAAAUAAUGCAAGAUGCAGAGAUUGGAAAUGAUACGACAUCUGGGGAGGACGACGACGACGACCACACACGACAGGGAUUACGUUCCGUCCCCCAACGCUAUGAAAUCCUUGUGGAAAAAGCGUACCAAAAAGUUGCGGAAAAGCGUCUCCUCCACCACCCUAAAUCCAGACCUCUCCACAAACACGACGUCACAAACUAGCGAAACCUUGCAUUUUGGUGGAGGCGACGACGACGACGACGACGCCGCGUCCUCCUCUUCUUCUGACGAGGAAGACGACGCCCCCGGGGCUGAAAACGUGGUGGAAAAGAUACCCCGAAAAAUCAAGGACUGGGAAAACGUGGCCAAUUUCGAGAGCAUGGAGGAAGCGAGAAAGUUCAUUUCUGAGAGGAAGGAAUGCGUCUACAAAAACACGUACCACACGAAGGACGCCGUGAACGUGAUCUACGUUUGCAGGCAGGCGAGGUCCUGCUCCUCCAAGUGGAGGAUUAGGCACCCCACGGGCAGUGUCCUCCUACACGUGGAGAAAACAGUCAGUGAACAUGACCAUGUUCCGAGGAAGGGGAGAGGGAUCCCGGCGGAACUGAAGGAGGAAAUUGUGAGGCUUUUGGAGAGUGGGACCAAGAAGCCGACCGCCAUUCUCAGCACCCUCCAACGCGGAGGGAUCACUCCUCCCACCAGAUCUCAAUUAGUCAACUUCCUCGCCACGAAUAAAAAACGCUAAAAGGGUUUCUUACAAAGAAUGAAGAACAAAUAAUUUCAAGCUUAAAAUAAUGUUUUGGUAGUAGAUUUUUGAUGUAAUUUAUUUAUGCUUAUUUCAAAUUGCAAAUAAAAUUAUUGUAAUGAAA